AUGGUGGACAACAGGAGUAGCAUGAUAAGGAGCGGCAUGGUAAACAGGGGCGGCAUGGUAGGAAGCAGAGGCAUAUCCAGCACUAUGGGGAACAGCAACAGAUUUACCCCAGAUAUACCCCAGAUAUACCUCAGAUAUACUCCAGAUAUACCACAGAUUUACCCCCGAUAUACCUCAGAUAUACCCCAGAUUUACCCCAGAUUUACCCCAGAUAUACCUCAGAUAUACCCCAGAUAUACCCCAGUUAUACCUCAGAUAUACUCCAGAUAUACCACAGAUUUACCCCAGAUAUACCUCAGAUAUACCCCAGAUAUACCCCAGUUAUACCUCAGAUAUACUCCAGAUAUACCACAGAUUUACCCCAGAUAUACCUCAGAUAUACCCCAGAUAUACCCCAGUUAUACCUCAGAUAUACUCCAGAUAUACCACAGAUUUACCCCAGAUAUACCUCAGAUAUACCCCAGAUAUAACCCCGUCAAAUAA